AUGGCUGGUUUCGUGACAGCGAAUCGUUGGGCAACGGGGGUUGAAACUCACAAAACUUCAGAGGGAAGGAUUUUGUGUACAGGAAUCGGCUGUGUUGGAUGUUUUCCUGAUGUAUUUUUGAAAGAAGCUGAGGAACUUGGGGUCUGCGAGGUUGAUCUUUCCAAUGGCAUUUUAGGCCUCCGGCCUUUCUUAGACGAAGAAAGUUCCCGGGAAAACUCGAAAAAGGGAAAACAUUUGUCCAGGAGACGAAAGAAGAGGAAGACAAAGUCCAAGAAGAAUACAAACGUAAAUUUGAAGGAGAGUCAGUCUUUUAAGCAGGAUCUGGAAGAAUCUGAAAUUGACGAAGACAAAUCCGGACCUCUACCUUCGGAAGUAUUCAAAAUAUGUUCAACUGGGACGCAGACGGAAACGUCCAGCUUAGGAAUUGAUAUUCAAAUUAAACUUUCAGAAAACUUCAAGGGCCGAUCUAAACAAUAUCAACAUUCUUUUCAAGAAGGAAAUAACUCCGACACAGAGGCACCUCUGUCUGAAAAUCACACACAGGUUGGUGCUAAUUGUGGCAUUGUCGAGGUUGACGACAACGUAAACAGAACACAUAGGAAUGCACAGGGUUUGUUUAAUUACCCAUUCUUCUCAAGAUUCGACAAAAUCCACGAUGAAUUGUAUGUUGUAAGUAAGAAGGAUAUUGCGCUUAACUCUUCUGAUGACCAUUUUUCGUAUGAAGAUAAUCUCAUGGUGAAAGAGAAGCUAAAUAACGGCGUGAUCCCGACAGACAAGGAACAAGAGCUGGCUACCUACGGAGAGGAUGCAGUGUGCUUUUUCUUUGCUUUAGAGUACUACAACAGCCACAGAAUUAUACCAGACUUCAGGGUUAUGGAAAUCGUGGAGGCACUCAGUGAACUUGUGGAUGUGAAGGAUAUAAAGUGCGUUCAAAGAAUUUCUCGUCGAUGGCAUAUUGUGAUAAAGACCCGAAAAUACAUCCAAAUGUUGAGACACUCGGGACUCAAGUUACGAGGAAGGGUGUAUCAACUUGUGGAUGACACAGAUGCCUACUUUGAUGUAGUUCAAUAA